CACACACCCUUGGCCCGCGCGCACACACACACACGGGGGGGACGGGUUUGUCCGGUCGAACACAACACACAGACUGUCAUUUCACCGCAGUUGUGUUCACACUGAGAGAGAGGAAAUUACGGAAAUACCGAAGAAGAAUUAAGAAGAAGACGAAGGAGGAGGAGGAGGUCGCAGUCCUUGGCGCUAACUGAAACUUUCAGAGAUGGAAAAUUUGUCCAGCAACAACCGGUUUCGCUCGGCGAUGUUCAACCACGACGAUGAGAUUGCAGAGUGCACUUUAGCGCCAGUUGCAAUGGAGGACAGUGACCACGAGGUUCAUUCUUCGUCAGAUGAGCAGGACUCCUGCCCUGGCUCCCCUAAUCAUGCUGGCCAUGAUGCUGAACAGCACUCAAGUCAAUCAGAGGACUCAGAGGUGGAAAACAUUAUGCAAGACCCUCACCACCAAGGAGGGCACGGCCACCACCGCCACGACCACAAGCAGCACCACCACCAUCAUGACCAUGAGCCUCAUGAUGGAGAUGGGGAAGCUGAGGGCGAAGGCCGUCCCCACAGCCCAUCGUACUUGCGACCCCCCGUCGCGGGUAGGGCACAGUCGGAUUCAGGUUCAGACCCCAGUUUGUCGCAGAGCAGAAGUGUGGAGUUUGACUUGCCGUUCCCCGUCAGUCCCACCAGGCCCAAGAGUCCCUGGGGUCGAUUUGACCCGUACAGCAAUAAUGAGGACCAGGACAAGGAGUAUGUGGGUUUUGCCACACUGCCAAACCAGGUGCACCGCAAGUCUGUCAAGAAGGGAUUUGACUUCACGCUGAUGGUUGCAGGGGAGUCUGGCCUGGGAAAGUCCACACUGGUCAACAGUCUCUUUCUCACAGAUCUUUACAAAGAUAGGAAGCUGCUCAAUGCUGAAGAGCGAAUCACACAAACAGUAGAAAUCACCAAACACACAGUGGAUAUAGAAGAGAAAGGUGUCAAACUGAAGCUCACCAUCGUGGACACUCCUGGGUUUGGAGAUGCUGUAAACAACACUGAAUGCUGGAAGUCAGUGGCUGACUACAUCGACCAGCAGUUCGAGCAGUACUUCAGGGACGAGAGUGGCCUCAACCGCAAGAACAUCCAGGACAACCGCGUACACUGCUGCCUCUAUUUCAUCUCACCCUUUGGUCAUGGCCUCCGGCCUUUGGAUGUGGAGUUCAUGAAAGCUCUGCAUGAGAAGGUUAACAUCGUCCCCGUCUUGGCUAAAGCAGACACACUCACUCCCAGUGAGGUCAAGAAAAAAAAAAUCAAGAUCCGGGAGGAGAUUGAACAGUAUGGUAUCAAGAUAUACCAGUUUCCAGACUGCGACUCUGACGAAGAUGAGGAGUUUAAGCAGCAGGACACUGAGCUCAAGGAAAGCAUUCCCUUUGCAGUAAUUGGCAGCAACACAGUGGUGGAGGCCAAAGGGAAGAGGGUGCGAGGCCGUCUGUACCCCUGGGGCAUCGUAGAGGUGGAGAACUCGGCGCAUUGUGAUUUCGUGAAGCUGAGAAACAUGCUCGUUCGCACACAUAUGCAAGAUCUGAAGGACGUGACCCGGGAGACUCACUACGAGAACUACAGAGCCCAUUGCAUCCAGAGCAUGACCCGCAUGGUGGUGAAGGAACGCAACCGCAAUAAACUAACCAGGGAGAGUGGCACAGACUUCCCCAUCCCUGCAGUGCCCGGAGUGACGGACAACGAGACAGAAAAGCUCAUCCGAGAGAAAGAUGAGGAGUUGCGGCGAAUGCAGGAGAUGCUGCAGAGGAUCCAGGAUCAAAUGCACACUCAGAAAGACGCGUAUUAACACAGGACAGCAGUCACACUGGGAUUUAAAAAAAAAAAAAAAAAAAAAAUCACCCAGGAAACCUUUAUUCUUCUCUUGAACACUGACAUCCCUACGUGUUCACCUGACCACCACUCAACCUCAUCACGUUACACAUGGAUCAGGGACCUGCGAGGAGGUGGUAAGAUGUUCUGACAUUUGCAGCUCAGCGACUCCCUUUAUCCUUUCUGACGUUAUGACAUCACUGCUGCAAAAACUCGACCCUCCACUCUGCUGUUUCCUGUCCUGUCAAAACUUUGAAAUGAUGAAGAAUAAAGAGUUUUGUUGUUUGUUUGAAAGAAAUCCUCUUUAGUUUGAGGGUUUGUAUAGUCAACUUAAAUGAAAUAUCUGAACAUUAUUUGGCCACAUGAUCACAGGGUUGUUUUGUUAUUAUCAUAAUUAUUAUUAUUUUUAUUUUUUACCUAAGGUCUGAUAUCAGGUUUACAUGUGGUGACCUGCUCAUUUUUUAAGCACUCUUUUCUGGUGCAAGUGUUUAUUUUUACUAUCUCUAUAGGUCAACAUGCAUAUAUACUGUAAUAAUUUAAUUUUCUAUAUUGCAACUAUAUUAAACAUUUGUUCUACUGUUUUUCAUCUUUUAUGAAUUCCUCGUUUUAUUUAACUACACCCUUCUACACUGCCUGAUAUUAUGUAUUGAUGAUUGUUUUAUGUAGAUCUCCCUUCAACUGAGGUUCCUCUUCGGUUUAAUAAUUACGUGAGGGUGGUUUGGAAUCAUUUAAAUUUUGUUUUGCCAUCAUCUGCAUGUUUAUCAUACUGUAACUGCCACCUCUGCUGCCUGACAGCAUGGAUGUUAGUGGCUCUGCUCAGCGUUCAGUCUCAACUCACUGCAAUGCUUACUGCCAUAUCGACAUUUAAAAUGGACAUUUUACAUAACAGAGGGGUUCGUUAUUAUUUGGGGAAAGAUUUGUAUCCAGGUUGUUUCAUCUCAUCGGAGCUGAUGACACCUGUUAUUGGUUAAUAGAUAAUAAGAGCUUUAAUGAGACAAGACCCUCGGGUUGCAUGAAAUGUCCAAGGGAAGGGUUGCAUCAAAGGUCAUGCAGUGUGUUUACUUUUGCAUGCAAAGAUUCCUCUGAUAGCAGAUCAAUUAAGUGAUCAUAGCGAUUGGCAAUAAAAUAUGUAGCAACUUAAUUGUUGGGGAAGAUAUAUUGAAAAUAGGUGGAUUUUGUUAUGGGGUUGUUUGUAAUUGUAACUUCAUUUCAAGGGAACCCACAAGUUGGAUGUGUGCUUACCUUAAUGUUUAUCUUAUAACCAAAGCCAACAAUGACAAACUAAAUUGUCCAAAAUUUUGGAUUUUCCUUUUUGUGUGAAUUUUGUUUUGAAAAACCUAUCAAAGCCAAGAGUAAUGGUCAAAGUUAUUUUUAUUCUCUUGCUAAUUGUUUCUAUGUUCCAAGUGCAAAAUUUAAAUGACUGUGCCAUGCUGUGUGACCUGUUAUGUUAAAAAAAAAAUUACAUUCCUUGAGCUUCUGUCAGAGUCAGUUAUUGCUUUUACUUUUGAAUUUGUUUUAUAUUAAAUUUGUCUUUUGUCAUUCUA